AUGCAGGCGCAGGGCGCGGGCUGGGACCGGCGGCGGCUCGGGGCACGGCUGCGGGCGGCACUGGCAGGGCUGCAGGAGCUGCACGGGCUGCGGGAGCGGCAGCAGGCGCGCGUGCGGGGGGCUCUGGGCGCGCAGCCCCCCGCGUCCGACGCGGACGUCCGCGCCCCCAGCGCCCUGGAUAGCUCUCUGGACAGCGCGCUGACUGCGCUCAAGGAGCAGUUGUCCCGUUUGCGGCAGCAGGACGUGGGGCUGAAGACCCACCUGGAGCACCUGGACCAGCACAUCAGCGAGCUGCGGCUGGGCGUGAGCAAGGGCACCUGCGAGCCUGCAGACAGCGACAGCCGGCCCAGCUCAGGCUUCUAUGAGCUGAGCGAUGCGGGGGGCUCCUGCUCCCGCUCCACUUCCUGCACCUCCAUCUGCAGUGAGCCUGUGGCCCCUGCCCGGCACAGGCUGCCCGGCGUUGAACCCCCCAUGACCCGCACUGGCCAGUACCGGCCCCGCUCAGCCGACGAGACCACCGUGCAUGCUGUGCUCCAGCCCCCAGGGAGGCUUCCCCAGGAGGACAGUCACACGGAGGUUAACAGAGGGACCUGGGCCAGGAUCCGGGCCAGGCCUGUGUCCACAGGUGAUCUGGAGAGGCUCAUGCCAGCCAGGCUGGGGACCCCUCAGACAACAGGCCCCGACGCCCUGCUCCGCCCAGGCCUCGGCACCCUGCCCCUCGAGGUGGAUCCCACCUACCAGAGUGACCUGGUUUCUGAGCGCGGGAAUGAGGUGUACCCCUACCCCAGCCCCCUGCACGCCGUAGCCCUGCAAAGCCCCCUAUUCGUGCUGACCAAGGACACCCCCAAGGCUGGCAGUAGCGAGCCUCCCAGGACGCCUGGUCCUGGCUCCCUGGGCAAGACCUCUGUCCAGCCCCGCCCCGCCUCCCUGGGGCACCCAGCAGGGGCCUACAUUGACAAGCUGCUGCAGCGGAAUUGGGGGCGAGGAGGGGCCCUGAGUUGUGGCGGGGCUGAGCGAGGGCCCCCUAGGAGCGGGGAGUCCAAACCUCAGUGGGCAGGCGGUGGACGCAGUAUGGACCUGCAGAAUGGACUCCAGAGACAGGGCUGUUCUCAGGGGCUCCGGGAAGUGGGAUCUGGCACACAGAGCUGGGGGGUCCCCGGGAGGCACCCCGCGGGGCCUGCACCUGUGUCCCUGGGGGACAGCCAGCAGUCCACCACCCUUCGAGAAUCUUGCGUGCCCUCCAAGGGCUGCCUCCUGGAGAAAACCUCCUGGGACCAGCUCCUGCUGCAGCAAGAACAGCCCACCUGUUCCUGCCCCCAAGCCAGGCCACCGCCCCCCAGCCCCCACUGCCGGGAUGAUGUGGCUGACUUGUCCUUUAAGAAGGAGGAUGUCCACUGUCACUCGCUGCUCACAGAGCGGCCUGCCCACUCACUGACCGCUGAAGCCCAUCCUGAGUUGCCGGGAGCUGGCCAUCCCGGAGUCCAGUCCAGGAACGGCAGGCGCAAGAAGAGGGGCUGCAGAGAGGCCCCGUGCCUCCCCGAGAGGCCACAAGGGGCGCCUGAGGUGUCUUGGCUGCCUUUGGCAUGGGGUGCUUCUCCUGGGCAUCCCGGGGAAGGCAGUACUGGCAAAGCGGCAGGCAUGGGCCCAGGGCUGCCUGGCCGGUCCUGCUCUGAGACCAGCCUCUACCCCAUCCCCUUCCUGGUGCCCCUGGUGGUGACGCAGCAGGAGGGUGGCCAUGUGUCCACUCAGGCCCUGUACCCAUUGGGCGCCAUCUCUCUCGCCAUGGUGGCCGGCAGCCGGGCCAGGGGGGCGCCACCAAAGUGGCAGUCCUCCGGGGAGAUCUCAGCCAGGGCCCCUCCUGCCGGCACCCCCGCCCAGCCUGGCCUGGUACUCCGUAGGCCUCCCGGCAGGAGUGCUCAGCGUCCCCGGGGUAGGCCUCCCAUGUCCUGGCCAGGGCCCUGUGACCCCAGCACAUUGCAGCUCCCCAAGAACUGGGCCGAGAGGGGCCCCCUUCCCCCCUCCCCCAUUGCGGAGACCAGCGAGGACGAGAGUGGUAGUGACCACACUGCCAACCGCUUCGGGGAUGCAGAGUCCAGUGACAUCGAGGAUGAGGGCAGCUGGGUGCCCAGCCAAGGGACUACCGGGCAAGGGGACCCGAGAAGGCUGUCCGCAGCUUCCCCAGAGCCCCCGAGGGCCAGUGUGGGGCCCAGGCCGCCCCGAGUCAAGGCCUCCAGGGCGCUAAAGAAGAAGAUUCGCAGAUCGCAGCCCCUGUCCCUCCGAGUCCUGUCGAUGGUGUGAGUGGGAGGGGCAGAAACCGCAGCGCACACACAAGCUGGCUCCACGCUCGGCUGUCCCUGUGCAGUGGCUCCCUGUCACCUGGGGAAAUGGCUUGCCCAUGAAGGGUCUGCUGCCGGGGCAACCAGUGAGCUUCGGCAUCCGCGGGCCAGUCAGGCGCUUCCAGCGGCGCCCUGGUCACCACGGUCUGCUUCUCUGCAAUGCUUCAGCCAGGGUGAGCCCGACCCUCCCCAGCCACCUUCUGAGCCAGAUGGGACCCUGGAUGAACAAACCCUCCAGAUGUGGGUGCUGCCUUCCCAAUAAAGUCCCCUUCUCCCA